GGCGCCUGCGCAGUGGGGCGGUGCCGGGGGCGGGGCGCGGCGGCUGUCAGCUGACUGUGGCGGCGGCCUCGAGGUGACAACUGUCUCCGUCGCAGGCUCCGGCGGGGGCGCAGGAGGUCGUCCGGCGCGUUACUGUCGGGUCGGCCAGCCACGGGGGCCGCCGCAGCACCAUGGCGACCACCGUCAGCACUCAGCGCGGGCCGGUGUACAUCGGUGAGCUCCCGCAAGACUUCCUCCGCAUCACGCCCACACAGCAGCAGCGGCAGGUCCAGCUGGACGCCCAGGCGGCCCAGCAGCUGCAGUACGGAGGCGCAGUGGGCACCGUGGGCCGACUGAACAUCACGGUGGUACAGGCAAAGUUGGCCAAGAAUUACGGCAUGACCCGCAUGGACCCCUACUGCCGACUGCGCCUGGGCUAUGCGGUGUACGAGACGCCCACGGCACACAAUGGCGCCAAGAAUCCCCGCUGGAAUAAGGUCAUCCACUGCACGGUGCCCCCAGGCGUGGACUCGUUCUAUCUUGAGAUCUUCGAUGAGAGAGCCUUCUCCAUGGACGACCGCAUUGCCUGGACCCACAUCACCAUCCCGGAGUCCCUGAGACAGGGCAAGGUGGAGGACAAGUGGUACAGCCUGAGUGGGAGGCAGGGGGACGACAAGGAGGGCAUGAUCAACCUCGUCAUGUCCUAUGCGCUGCUGCCAGCUGCCAUGGUGAUGCCACCCCAGCCCGUGGUCCUGAUGCCAACGGUGUACCAGCAGGGCGUCGGCUACGUGCCCAUCACAGGGAUGCCCGCUGUCUGCAGCCCCGGCAUGGUGCCCGUGGCCCUGCCCCCGGCUGCCGUGAACGCCCAGCCCCGCUGUAGCGAGGAGGACCUGAAAGCCAUCCAGGACAUGUUCCCCAACAUGGACCAGGAGGUGAUCCGCUCCGUGCUGGAAGCCCAGCGAGGGAACAAGGACGCCGCCAUCAACUCCCUGCUGCAGAUGGGGGAGGAGCCGUAGAGCCUCUGCCUCACUGCCAUGUCGCCCCAGCUCUUUGGACACGCCGACCCGGCGCUCCCCAAGGAAUGCUGUCCAACAAGAUUCCCGUAAAAGAGCACCCGUGUCGCCCCCUCCUGUGGACAUCUAUGCCGCUGCGUCCACACCUGUUCUUGGGUGCAUGUGGGUUUUCGGUUCCUGGCAGCCCAGGAUGGGGCGGGGGCUCCCCUCGCAUCUCGUGUUGGGAGGUCUCAGCGUGCUCUCCUGUCCCUGGGACGUGCGUCUCUCCUGCUCAUGCCGUUCUGGAAAAUGUUGUUGCUAUAGAGAGCAGCUGCUUCUGCCAGGGUGUUGGAGGUGGUGGAGCGCCUUCUGAUUCCAUUCAUGGCAUUUUGUGAUGUGAUGUAAUUGGAAUAGAGCUGUUGAUUUAAGGCACACACAAUCCCUCACACUGAUUUGUGGGUUUUUUUUAGAACUUCCCAGCUGAAAACUCACGCCCUUGCCCUAAUGCGCUUUGCUGUGAGCCUGGCCCCUGCCCAGGGCUUGGGUCUGGUGAGCUGAGCCGCUUCCUAUGGAUGGUGUGGGGCCAGCCUCUGGCCUGGCUCACCUGGCCACUGUCCAGCCAGCCUUGUGACAGACUCUGGCGUGAAGGCAGAAUGAACCCACACCUGGCGUGAGGAAGGGAGCCUGGCACGGUUGGCCGGGCUCUGCCUGAUUGCCAGCCAGCAGGCAUCUGAAGCUGGGUCCUUCGCCCGCCGGAGGCUGCCGUCCGUCUCCUGCUGCGCUCGCGCCAGCUCCGUGGGUGUCCUCCCAGGGGGCUUCUCUUCUCAACAGGCCUUGCAAGGCUGGGGUGGGGGGCGAUAGAGGUAGCACCGUGCAUGAUUCUGAGAGGGUGUGGCGGCACGGCCAGCCAACUGCUGACAGCUUGGGAGCUGCUGUGCCCGGGACCUGGGUUCAGCGUGGGCGAGGAAAGCCUGGCAAGUGUGGCUUUUACAAAAGCUUUCUGAGGCGGGAGGCGCUCGCUCACCUCUGACUGCCUGGGUGCCGUGUGCAGCAUCGUGGCUCACAGGACAGAUUUUAGGUGACACCUGGUUAUGAAAGUCAGAAAUUUGAGAAGCUUCUCACAAGUGAUGCACUUUAAAUAAUCCGCAUGCCAUCAAGACUCCUGCAUGUCUGGUGUUUGUGGUUCAAGUGUCUGCCCCCAGCCUUCGGAUGUAAACCCACUGAUAUGGACAGAGAGAGAAUGCCCACAAGUGGGUCUUCUGUGGAAGAUGCAGGAGGAGGAAGUGAGUGCUUACAUUUUAGUCUUUUUCUCCCUCGAAAAAAUAGGUUAAGUUUCAGUGCCAGCUAGAAAAUACUGCUUUCUGCCACCGAUUGGGGGUGGUUUUUGUCAAAUAUACUGUUGAUAAAUAUUUAUUUUUGUAAACUUGAAGUGUGUGGUGGCCGUGGGGGAGGGACAUGCUGGCAGCAGGCGCCUUCUUCAGCCGUGGGUCCUAAAGGCCUUUGAUCCCGUGAAGAAGAAAGACAUGGUAUUUGUUCAGCAGACGCUGACCACUGGGAUGACAGAGGGGCCCCUGGGAUUCCCUGUCUCAGAUGGCCUGGUGUUAUGCCUGUGUAGAUUUCUUCUCCAUUGGGAAUGAAGGUGUCAGGUAGGACUGGAACGUUCUAGAUGAUAUGUUUCGUGAUACUAACAACUCUAACCCAGGACAGACCACAAGCCACACUUGGAGGCCUCACUGUGCUGGGGGCUUCAGCAUCCAGGCACCCAGGUGUGGCCACCAGCACCGUUUCUGCCUUUGCGUUGCUGGGGUGCAGUGAGACUGCAACACGCAUGCCCAUGUGGCUCUGUGGGUGUCUCCUAGAGAGGACGUGGCCCCUGCUGCCAGCCCCUGAGCAGCCCGUGUGGGGGCCCGAGGGACCCACACAGUGGGGGCCGGCCUCGCUGGAGGGAGAGCAACCCUUUGCCGAUGACCACGCUUGCUGCCAUCUCUUAGUUUUCUUUUUCACGAGCGCUUUAUUUUUUUAAUAGACAAAUCACAUUUUGUAAGGCCUUUAAUAAGAUUCUUCUUUCCUUCAUUUUAUGCUUUAUUUCCUGUUUGAAGGCUUACUGUAGAAGCAGCUUGCUGAGCCCCUCCGAGCGGUCCCCAGAAUUAGCUGGUUCACACCCCCCACCCUCCCCCACCCCUGCCCCUGCCUGUGUCAGGUGUGGAUGAGGUUGUCAGACUCAGAAGGACAGGCUUGUCCGCCAGCUCACAAGGGGAGGCUGCAGCGGGUUUGGGAGCUGGGUUUAGGCCCCUGGUGUCUGAGAGCCGGGGCCUUGCCAGGCCUCUGCUGCUCCUGCUCCUGGGUUUGAAGAUGCAGGCCGAUCGCCAGCUCCGUGGCAGCGGUCGCUAAGGACAGCCUGCCUGUGCUAUCUUGGAGCCUAAGGCGGGGCUCCGGAGAUAGAAGACAGGUUGCCGGAGGUUCCCCCCUCCUCUCCUCUCCCCUCUGCAGAUGCUCCCUGGGCGUUGCCCUGCAGGGUGCCGGCAGGAGUGGUCUCAGAACGUGUGCUUCUGAUUAUUUUACUGGGGUCCAUUGUCCAGAUUUUUCUUUGAUUGUAAAACAUAUUUUUACUUUUUAGCCUUCUAAUUUAAUAAAUGAUCCAUAUAAAAAUAGAGAAAUAAAGUCCUUUAAGGGAAGGUUUA